CUGCCAUGGCCGGAUCCGGCGCGUGGAAGCGCCUCAAAUCGCUGCUGAGGAAGGAUGAUGCGCCUCUGUUUUUAAAUGACACCAGCGCCUAUGACUUCUCGGACGAGGCCGGGGAUGAGGGGCUUUCUCGGUUUAACAAACUUCGAGUUGUGGUAGCCGAUGAUGGUUCUGAAACCCCGGAAAGGCCUGUUAACGGGGCGCACCCGGCCCUCCAGGCGGACGACGAUUCCCUGCUGGACCAGGAUUUACCUUUGACCAACAGUCAGCUGAGUCUGAAGGUGGACCCCUGUGACAACUGCAGCAAACGGAGAGAGCUGCUGAAGCAGAGAAAGGUGAAAACCAGACUGACCAUUGCUGCCCUUCUGUACUUGCUUUUCAUGAUUGGAGAACUUGUAGGUGGAUACAUUGCAAAUAGCCUGGCAAUCAUGACCGAUGCGCUUCAUAUGUUAACUGACCUGAGUGCUAUCAUACUGACCCUGCUAGCUUUGUGGCUGUCUUCAAAGUCACCCACCAAAAAAUUCACCUUUGGAUUUCAUCGCUUGGAGGUUUUGUCAGCUAUGAUUAGUGUGCUGUUGGUUUAUAUACUAAUGGGAUUCCUCCUAUAUGAAGCUGUCCAAAGAACUAUCCAUAUGAAAUAUGAAAUAAAUGGAGAUAUAAUGCUUAUUACCGCAGCUGUUGGAGUUGCAGUUAACGUAAUAAUGGGGUUUCUGUUGAACCAGUCUGGUCACCAUCACGCCCAUUCCCACUCCCUGCCUUCAAAUUCUUCUACCACAAGUCCUGGGUGUGGACACAACCAUGGGCAGGAUAGCUUGGCAGUGAGAGCUGCGUUUGUGCAUGCUUUGGGGGAUUUGGUACAAAGUGUUGGUGUGCUAAUAGCUGCCUACAUCAUACGAUUCAAGCCAGAAUACAAGAUUGCCGAUCCCAUCUGUACAUACGUAUUUUCAUUACUUGUGGCUUUUACAACAUUUCGCAUCAUAUGGGACACAGUAGUUAUAAUGCUAGAAGGUGUACCAAGGCAUUUGAAUGUUGACUAUAUCAGAGAAGCCUUGAUGAAAAUAGAAGAUGUUCAUUCAGUGGAAGACUUAAAUGUCUGGUCUCUCACUUCAGGAAAACCCAUGGCCAUUGCACACAUACAGCUAAUUCCUGGAAGUUCAUCUAAAUGGGAGGAAGUGCAGUCCAAAGCCAAGCAUUUGUUACUGAACACAUUUGGCAUGUAUAAAUGUACUAUUCAGCUUCAGAGUUAUAGGCAGGAAGUGGACAGAACUUGUGCAAACUGCCAGAGUGCCAGUUCCUAAUUUUAGAUGCUUGGGGGACUACUGCCCUAUCUACCCUGCAGGUCACAGACUUGAGAGCAAUAAAUGCACACCCGAGUGAGAGAGUGGAAUUCCUGACAGCUGUGCCACAUCACACACCGGUCUUGCAGCCAGCCUGAGAGUGCUAGUUUUUGUCGAGUGGUAAAAUGAGACUUCACCAUGAUUUCACAUGAAGAUGUUUCCAAAACACUGUUUACAGAACGAGACAUGACUCUACAGAUACCUCAGAGAAGACAAUCCAAGACCAUACUUCAUGGAUCACAACAGAGUAUGUGUAAUGCAGGAAGCAUCAAGAGUUCUGUAUUUGCAUUUCAAAAUCCUUUUUAAAGCCCAUUUUAUAUCAAGCCAGUGCUGGAAGCUGAUUUUUUUUAAACAUAAUCUUGACACCCAGCUUCUGGAAUUUGACACUCAGCUCUCUUUUUACAGAAAUUAUUUCUCAACAGGUUUCAGAAAGUACUAGUAAUUACCAGAGUGGAAUAAGCAUGUUUUCCUAAGUGUUUCAGAAAUGGUUUAUUCCAUAACUAAGUCUUAAUGGUAUUAUUAUAGGUUAUAAACAACUUUUUCCAUGUGUUACAGGGUUUUGAAUCUCAAAGUUAACACUUUUGGUUAUUUGUAAUCUUAUCAGAACCAAAUCUUUACAUAUUGUGGUCAGUCAUUAAAUUGCUUAGGAAAUAUUUUCUGUAUUAUUCUGAAUGGCAGAAGUUAAUCUUAAACUGAAAUUCCUACAUGAUAAUUUAAACAAAAUAUGGGAGCAAGGAUGGGGUGUGGAGUUUCAGAUUUAAGUCGUCCUGAAAUCACUUUUAUUGCUCAUGCAAUUUAUCUUUACUUAAGAAUGGCAAGAGUCUGCAAAAUGUAAACAAUGAUGCUCUGUCCUGUUAAGAACUGCCUUAUGUUUUGUGCAGAAAGUUUGCUUGGUACCUUGCUUCCUGCCUCCAUACCAGCUCAUCCGUGUGUGCCUUUCAGGGUAGAGCUCUGGAGGGCUAAUGUUCAGUUUGUAACUCCCACCUCUCACAUGAAGAUUAACUACAUUUCUCCAGAGAGACUGUCUGUUUGAUGAUAUGGGUUAGGAGCUCUCCACAGACUCCAGAAACCCUAAGAUACAAUUUUGAUGUUUUCCAAUAAUACCAUAGCAGAUGCUGAAAGGAGUUAGGGGAAGAUGUUAAUCUCAGCAGACAAAAAUUUUAAGGGUUUUUGACCGUGUGUGUGUGUGUGAGAGAGAGAGAGAGAGAGUGUGUGUGAGAGUGUGUGUGUGUGUGUGUGUGUGUGUUUAAAUCACUGGAAUAGGAUGGACAUUAAAUUUGUGAGGUAGGGAGGUUAAGCAUAAAAGUUUCCAAACAGAAGGCAACCUAACUGGUAAUAGUUGUAUUAAAGAGGCAACUGUGAAUAUGCUGGUUUGGGAUCAUCUUUAUGCGGAUUAGGAGUGCAUUUUCAGCAAAGGAUCAGACGAAAGUAACAUGUACCAGACAGGCUGUGAGAUGAAAUCCUAGAUAGGCGGGCACAUGACUUAAAAUAUAAGGGAAGAAUAUGAAACAGAUUUCAUCUUUCUACCAAGUACCUCACUAUAAGUAAAGCUAAAAUAAAACCUGGAUUUACCUGAAAGAUUGUGAAGAGUUGAUGGGAUCCAACAAAGAGGUAGAUGAGGGAGGGUUAAUGGUACCUAAUAAAGCCCAGUGUAACAAACUUGAAAAUUUUAUGGAAUCCUUACCGUGAAUCCAUUUAAAAUGAUUUGAAUUUUUCAAAAAUUUCAAGAGCACAUAAAUUGUUUAAACCAGAAUACUCUUUUUUAUUGUGUAUUGUCCUAUAUUUAAAAAAAAAACCUCUUAAAUGUAGAAGGCAAGUGAGACUAAAUGAGAGGCACGUCAGUGCGCACCUGGGCAUUCGCGUACUGUGUGCACCUAGCAGAGGAAGGAGAGGAGAUGCGUUGUGUGAUAAUGGAUUUUCCCAUAUUUGCAGUUGUUUCCCACAUCCACUGAGCUUCUUUCCUGUAAAGUUUCCUUUAUCUUAUAUAGGUAUGUCUAACUUUUCACAUCAAACUAUUCCUUGAAAAGUUAUUGGGUAAAACAGCCUGAAAUCCAUUUGAGAAUUGAAAAGAAUCCUUUUGUAAAAUGCAGAAACAAUGACAACUUUUGUAAACCCUAAUUAUUAUGUUCUGUUUCAAAUUAGGUACACCUGAAGGUUUCUGUGCUUUGUUUUGUUUUUGUGGCAAGAACUACAGAUUUUGUACUUUUACUCUACUGGGUCUGUGAGAUUUGAUAAUUGAUAGAUUUAACUCUUUGUAACUUGACAAAACCCACAGAGAAGGAUGUGAACUUAGCAUAUGUGAGCGGGGACUGCCCAACUUCUGACACAGAACACGUGGUCUGUGCUUCACCCCCUGAGCCACAACCACCAGGUACACCGCUCAGCCGGCCCUCAGAGAAAGAGCAGUCCAUUGUCCUGUGAGAAGCAGCUGAGCCUGGAUAAACACCUGCCAUUGUUCACUUUGCACUGGGAAAACACAUCAUUACCUAAAAACUGGGCAGUUUUUCAGUGCAACGUGUUUUCAUUAACAUUGCAAAUAAUCAUUUAGCUGUGUACAUAAACCUGUGUUUCACAAGUCUGGCCAGACUAGCCUUUUGAUUUAUUUUAGGAAAAGGCGUAUUGUUUCGUUAAUGACCGUGCUGCCUUAGAAAUACAAUGUGGGGAAUGCGGCUGAAUGAGGCAUAUUUCAGAGAGCUUUGAAAUGCAGAACCAGAAGUGACUGUAAUUCACACAUACAUUUUCCAUUAGCUCUGCCUGUGUAACUGGAGCCCAGAUUUUCACUACUUGCAGCUCCCAUCAGUAUUAUUUGCCAACUCACUGGAGUUCUUAUUGUUGUUUCUUUUUCAACUCUGGAUGCUAUAUUUCCAUUUUCUAAAAUGAAGUUUUCUGUUCUUAGGAGUCUCUGUGUUCUGGUUCUGUCUGUUGAACCCAGAGGUCCUCACUAACAGUGUUUAUCUUUGGUAGAAUUUUCCCAGAAUAGACAUAGACAUGAGCUUCCCUUUCCUCUUAAUGUGAGGAGAAAACCAUCUUUCAGAGACAAAGCACCACUUUAAAGGUGUUUCCAAGUAAGAAAAACCGUUUUUCAACAGCUGAUUAUUCUGAUCGAUAGAAACAGACUACACUGUGCAGCCACAAGCAAAGGCCAUUGGCUAAUAAGCCACGGGGCUGUGCUUCUCACAUCCACUCCCACUACUGUAGAAGAGAGAAUCGUUCACUUCUGAAACAAGCACAGUAGCUAAGUUUAUUUUCUUUAGGCAUUUAUAUUAAUUGGUUCAUCAUAAGGAGUAAGAUGUU